CUGCCGUCUGUCGAGCAAAGCCCGCCAGAAAUCCUGACCGCCCGCUGCUUUCGCUGUUGAAGAGCGACGAUCUCGCUAUCAAUCGAUUAUUCGAUCACUCUACUUCCACCUUCACUGUCGCACUUUUUCAGUUGUAACAGCGACAGCGAUAUCAAUCAACCCGAUUCCAUCACAAAAGUCGCAAAAGAAAGUCAACAGAACCGCAACCCAAAAAGUCGCAAACCCCAAACCAUCAUCAUGUCUUCCCUACGGAACAGCGUCCAACGCCGCUCCCACCGCGAACGCGCCCAGCCCCUCGAGCGCGCCAAACUCGGCCUCCUAGAAAAGAAAAAAGAUUAUCAAAAACGCGCAAAGGACUACAAAAAAAAGCAAACAGUCCUCAAAUCCCUCCGGGAGAAAGCCGCCGAGAAGAACGAAGAUGAGUUCUAUUUCGGCAUGAUGUCCCGCAAGUCGGCCGGGUCGUCUUCUCUCACUGCGGGAAAAGGGUUUGAUGGAAAGGUAGCGGGGGAUAGGGGAAACAAGGCUAUGGGUGUGGAUUUAGUCAGGCUGCUCAAGACGCAGGAUUUGGGGUAUGUGAGGACUGUGAGGAAUAUUGUUGCCAAGGAGGUGAGGGGGUUGGAGGAGAGGUGGGUGCUUGCGGGCGGGGGGGAAGAGGAGGAGGAUAGUGAGGAUGAGUUUGAUAUGGGAGGGCAACAACCGAAGAAAGCGAAGAAGAUUGUUUUUUGUGAGGGGGUUGAGGAGCGGAAGGAGGUGGUGGAGGGAAGGAAAAGGCAGGAGAGGGAACAGGAGCGUGAUGAUGAGGAUGAUGAGGAGAGGGUGAGGAAGGAGCGGAAUUUGGAGAAAUUGGCUAAGAAGUUGAAGGAGGCGAGGAAAAAGCUCAAGGCGUUGACGGAUGCCGAGUUGGAACUGGAGGUUACACAGGCGAAGAUGGCGAAAACGGCGACGAGCGGGGGGGUUACGAAGGCGGGGAGGAGGAUUAAGGUCAGGGAGAGGAAGAGGUGAUCUCUGGGCUGGAGAUGGUUUUCUUUGAUUUGUUUUUGUAAUGUACGUUUCUGCCACUAGUACCCAUCGUUUGUUUUUCCCUCUCCAAACAGAGCGAGAGUCUGGCUUCACUCUGAGGGGAAAAGGGGGAGGGAGAUAUUGAUAUUAGAACCUGAGAUAUAUACCCGACGCCAGAAUUCAUGAGUUCAUAUCCU